UCAGCGAGGAAGACACUGGCGAGUUUGAGAACGACACAAGAGAACCAGGAGGAUGAUGGACACUCACCCACCGACAGGGCGACCCCCGCGCCCGCCCCCUCGACCACGGUCGAAGCCACCGCCGCCACCCCGUCCACGAUCAAAGCCCCCGCCCCUUCCUCGAUCAAAUCCCCCGCCCCUUCCCCGAUCUCCGCCUCCGCCUCCACCCCGGCCUGCAUAACCACCUCCGCGACCUCGGUCUGGACUGGCGCCUCGAGGAGUAGGUCCACCUCCGCGAGGACCCCCACGAGGCGGAGUUCCCCGUCCUCUGUCACUACCGCGAUGGCUCAUGUUUCGAUACUUGUCGUGAUGGUUCAAGCAGAGCGCGCGCUAAGCAGGAGAUAAUACGCAUCUAUGAUCUUAUCUGCAUCUAAUGUUCGAUGCCCAACAACCAACCUAAAUGACAAUAAUCCUCAGAUGCGUUUUGUCGGUAGGCCUCUUAGUUCUCAGCCUC